AUGUGGACAGUUAUUCUAACAUUUUCAAAGUGCACAUCAGAAUUCAGUAAGAAGGGCCUCACAUCAGAAUUCAGUAAGAAGGGCCUCGCAUCAGAAUUCAGUAAGAAGGGCCUCGCAUCAGAAUUUAGUAAGAAGGGCCUCGCAUCAGAAUUCAGUAAGAAGGGCCUCGCAUCAGAAUUUAGUAAGAAGGGCCUCGCAUCAGAAUUUAGUAAGAAGGGCCUCACAUCAGAAUUUAUUAGUAAGGGCCUCGCAUCAGAAUUUAGUAAGAAGGGCCUCACAUCUGAAUUUAUUAGUAAGGGCCUCGCAUCAGAAUUUAGUAAGAAGGGUCUCACAUCAGAAUUCAGUAAGGGCCUCGCAUCAGAAUUUAGUAAGAAGGGCCUCACAUCAGAAUUCAUUAGUAAGGGCCUCAUAUCAGAAUUCAUUAGUAAGGGCCUCACAUCAGAAUUCAGUAGUAAGGGCCUCACAUCAGAAGUCAGUAAGAAGGGCCUCACAUCAGAAUUCAGUAAGAAGGGCCUCACAUCAGAAUUCAGUAAGAAGGGCCUCACAUCAGAAUUCAGUAAGAAGGGCCUCACAUCCGAAUUCAGUAAGAAGGGCCUCACAUCCGAAUUCAGUAAGAAGGGCCUCACAUCAGAAUUCAGUAAGAAGGGCCUCACAUCAGAAUUCACCAUAUCUCUACUGGACCCCCCUCUCCUUACCCCUGAAAGUAUUGCUGCCAGCAUGGGGGCUGAUUCAGGGAGGAAGUUAGAGCAUGCUCAGUGUGUGUCCUGCACUGUGAAUGGGGAGCAGACAGAGGAGGGGGCCGGACUCAAUGGAUGCCAGGAUGAACAUAAGACUAACAGCGCCAAGUUUACUCCAGGCUGCAGCCCCAGGGCUCUGAAUGGCAUUCUCAGUCCUCCACUGGAGGACUCGGUGAUGGCCAGCCAGAGCUCUCUAUGUGACAUGCUCCAGGAGAAAGAAAAGAAGACCAGUACGGGCACAGGGACGGGUACCAGCCUGGGUAUGGGGGGUCCAGGAGGGGCGGGACCGGGGGGCACAGGCAUGGACCACUCCGCCCUCAUCCCGCUACGCUCCAAGAACUUCAGGGAGAAGAGUGACGUCCAUUUUGUUGAUGUCAUCAAGGAGGACAGUCUGAUGAAGGACUACUUCUUCAAGCCUCCCAUCAACAAGCUGAGCCUCAACUUCCUGGAGAGACCUCUGGAGACAGCCUACCGCAUCAGCUACCAGGAGGAGGUGGAGACCCAGGCCCCGGUGCAGACCUUCGCCAGCCCUACCUUCAGCUCCUUCCUGGAUGUUCUCCUAUCCUGCUCUGUGUUCCUCGCCCUCACCUUGGCCUGCUUCCUGGUUCCCAUGGUCACCAUGGAGACGCCUCCGGCAACCGUCCUGGGAUUGGCUACCGCUGCUGGUCUGUUAGAGCUGGUCUCCCUGGUGCUAUCCAUACGUAUGACGUUCUACCUGGACAACGUGUUGAGCUGUACCCAGACCUUGCUGAGGGUGGUGUCAGGCUGGAUCCCCCGUCAUGUGAUCGGGGCCGUGCUGGUCUCACUUCCUGCCGUGUCCGUGUUCUCACACCUCGCCUGCAGCCUCCACCUGCCCAUCCAGGUAACCAUGUUCCUGUGCUGUGCAGUGACCAUAGCCAUCAUCCAGUACUGUAACUUCUGCCAGCUGAGUUUCUGGAUGAGAUCUGCCCUGGCCACAGCUGUUGGUGUGGCUCUACUAGUGCUGCUCCACAGCCCCCUCAACAGGACAGGCUCCAGUAAUGACAGUUCUCCAGCGAUGGGUAACCUCACCAAUGAGACAUGGUCCACUCCAGAACCACGUCCAGAUGCCAUGGACCCCGUGAGACACCUAGACCUACUGGUCCCAGAAGCAGUACUCACCUACUUCCUCCUCCUCCUAUUGGUCUGGUUCCUGAACCACGAGUUUGAGGUCAGCUACCGUCUCCAUUACCACGGCAACAUAGAGGCCGACAAGCACCGCGUCAAGAUCCAGAACAUGCGGGACCAGGCCGACUGGUUGCUAGGCAACAUCAUCCCAAUCCACGUCGCCGAGCAGCUCAAGGUGACCCAGUCGUACUCCAAAAAUCACGACAACGCCGGGGUUAUCUUUGCGAGUAUUGUGAAUUUUUCUGAAUUCUACGAGGAAAGUUACGAAGGCGGGAAGGAGUGUUACCGAGUGCUCAAUGAGCUCAUCGGCGACUUUGACGAGUUGCUACGGAAACCGGACUUCGCCAACGUGGAGAAGAUCAAGACGAUCGGCGCCACGUACAUGGCGGCGUCCGGGCUGAACCCUCAACAGUGCAUUGACGACUCCCACCCAAACUCUAACCACCUGAGGGCGCUGUUUGACUUCGCCCUCGAGAUGAUGGGUGUUUUGGACGACUUCAAUAAAAACAUGCUAGGCUUUGGGUUUAAGCUCCGUAUCGGGUUCAACCAUGGUCCCCUGACGGCGGGGGUGAUCGGCACUACCAAGUUGCUCUACGACAUCUGGGGAGACACAGUGAAUAUUGCGAGUCGCAUGGACUCUACAGGGGUGGAGUGUCGGGUACAGGUGAGUGAGGAGAGCCACUCGGCGCUCAGCGGAAUGGGCUUAGAGUUUGACUACCGCGGUACAGUCAACGUCAAGGGCAAAGGUCAAAUGAGGACCUUCCUGUAUCCCAGGAGCGAUGAAAGAGGUGGGCAGCUAUUGGCUGAGCCUUGGCUACAGCCACAUCAAUUAGUUGCUGUUUUGCCCCCGGUGAAACCUGUCCAAUCACAGGCAGCCGUUGAACCCGUGGGGGAAGGGGACGCCGUUAAUACGACCAAGUCUGAUGCAAGUGCCAAUGCGCCAGCCCCUCCUCCUUUAUCCUCUUCUUACACUCCUCCCACAUCCUCCUCUUCCACCACAUUCACCCCCCAAGCCUCUUCCAUAGGACCUCCUGUAGCUCCUUCAGGACUAGGGCCAGAGCCAGGCCCGGCCAAGCCCUGCGGGGUGAGGGCAGAUCGGGCAGAGGGGUACAGGGACGCUCCUCCAAUCCCACCAGGAAUCCCCCAAACUGGGGCUGGCCACCCCGCUGCUACGGGCACGGACCCUCACCCCCUUACCCUGGACCUAGACCCGGAGCUAGUACCCUGUACCUUGGCACAGCCUGAGGAAGAGGAGGAGGAGGAAGCGAAUGAGCUGACAAAGCUCAAUAAGGAGGAUUUCAUGUCACGCCUUUGAUCCAUCAAGUGCUGAUCUAGGAUCAGCUCCCCCUUAUCCAUAUAAUCCUAUUCAUUAUGAUUUUAUAGCACUCCUUUCUCUGAGCUGAGCUGAAGACAGAAGUAGCUACAGAUACAGGUUUGUAGGGAUGGGAGGAGUUUUUCCCCCCUAACUUAUCCAUUAAUCACCUUUCUGAACCAAAACAGAUGUAUUCACAUGAUGAAAUGUGACUGCAGACAGAGUGACCUUUGGACAUUGACUUGUAGUCAAUCUAUGAUGGCUCAUCACUUUUCUAUUGGAAGGGGGAGGGCUGUGUUGAGCACAGUUAUUGUGGCACAAUAUAAUGCAGGGGGAGGGAGGAGGAGGAGAAGAGAAAGGGUUUUUGCUUGUUGGUGUUGAGGUUUUAUUUUUCUUAUGCUUUGGUUGAUAUGUAAAGAAGUGCCUUCAGGACAAGAACCGUUAACGAACAAGAAAUGAAUAUGGAACAAAAACACAAAAAAGGUUGGAACAAUCUUUAGCAUGACUUAUUUUUUCUAUUUCAAACCUAGUCUACCGAUGAUGCUGUGGUUCUUUUACUACAAGUUGUUUUUUCAAUGCAAUUUAUUUUGUUAUUGUAUCGUUAUCGUUUGUGCCAUAUUCAGUUUUUCACUUGAUCAGUUGUAGCCUAUUCGCCUGACCGUAAAGGGAAAUAAAUGACGUGCCAGACAGUGGUGGAUCAUGGGUAAGAAGCAGUGAGUUAUGGGUAGAAUAAGGGAAUGACAAAAAGCAGUGUUAUUGGUGUUUCUGCUUUGAGACGAUGGCUUAGAGUGUUUGAUGUGCUACAUAAACCCAAUACUAAAGGGAAAACCAACAUAGGGAUUUAUCUUCACACUGACGCUUUUUAAUGUCCAACUUUUCAGGAAACACAUUUUUUUUUUUAAAGAAACUUCCGUACAGCUUCUUUAAGUGGUCUGUGGAACAUAACUGUCAGAACCACAGAUCUCCUCACUGGGUCUCACACAACUUCUCCAAGACCUCUCCUAAAUUGAAAUUGCAAAUUGGGAUGGUAGCCCAUACCAAGCGGUCUUGACAGUAAGAAAACUGAACACAUAUGUUAUAGCACUCUCAAGUAACGAUUAUACUCUUAACAAGUAUACUGAAAAAGCACAAAUCUAAAAAUCGUUUAAGGGAAUCAUAGUGUUGGAAAUUAAAGGGACUAUUUGGUUAUAUCAAAAUGGGAAAGCACUUAAAAUCUUUAGGGAAAAUAUGUGUUAAAAGUAUGACAUUCGCCAAAAGGAACAGAAUUCAUUACAAACAGUUUAUUAACAUGUUAUAACAUGUAUUAAUGUGUAUUGAAGUGAAAACUCAAGUUUGUAUGAAGUUCUAUCCAUUGUGUUAGUUGCCACAGAAACAAAUGAUUUUGACCGACACCAGAUUCAACCAAUGGCUAAUCACGGCUGCCUUUAGCUUUGUGUGACAUGCUGGUUGGGGUGGGACGUUUAAUCUUUUAUCCAAUCACAGCCUCUGCAUGAGGGAGGCUCUACUGUAUUAAUGUACUUAAAAUGUGCCACUUUCAUCAAGUUAUUAUUUGGGUGCAAUGCAACCUAUAUUUUUCAAAGUUUUCCUUUUCGAGUACAUUUUUUGUAGUGUCUAAAAAAACUAUUUUUUUGUUGAGUUAGUAUGAUGAUAAUAAGCGAUGAUGAGGAUGAUUGUAUGUUUUAUGAAAUGAUGAAUCGCCUUGAGCAGUUCCAACUGCAACUCCUGUUUUGAGAAAAUCAACAUCUUGCUCACUUGGUUUUUUCUUUCUCUCUCUCUCUCUCUGACUGAUUCUCUGUGAAUUCUAUGUGAAGGGUGGUGUGCCCAAGGUCUCUUCCGUGGUCCCUCGCUUUUCUCUUUUCUCCCACCUUGCCUUUUCCCCUCUUUUCUGCUCAAGCUUUUACUUCUGAAAGGAAGGGUCUAUAGGGGAUUCAUCUGUAGCCCUGUCACUUUUGUGUCUUACAUUUCAGACAGAAAGUAGUAGGAAAAUCUGUGUGUAUGUGUGUAUGCGUGCGCGUGUGCUUUUCCCCCCAAGUCUAUUUGACUAAGGAGAAAGACUGAAAGUUGAAGUUGCCCCAUGGUGCUGAUCAAGGGUCAGUUUUGUGUUUUAAUUCCUAAUGGUCGAUGCUCGGACUUGGAUCUGAUGAGUAAUCUUUUGGGAUACCUCUACUCUAAACUGCAGAGAGAACCAAUAAGAGCUAGUUUAAGGGUCUUUAAGUGGGCUAUCAGAUACAAAUCAAAGCAGAUGGCCUAUAACUUCAAGGUGAGUGCCCAUAAAAAGAUCUAGAAAUAGUAUUAAAUCAGAAUUAAGUGCUAUAUGUUGUUCAUAUUAUGCCAAUGUACCCUUGCCAAAAUUCUGAGUCUGUUUAGAGUUUGGGACUUUUGUUUACCGACCACCAAUAUGUACUUCUGAUAUGUCAGGGCCUUUUAUUAGACAUCUUGUGUGGAUGUAGUUUGGUGGCUUAUUGUCAGCCUUCUUGAUAUUUUUAUCCUCAAAUGCCUUUCCACUUCCAAUAACUUUGUAGCACAUUCAUAGGUUCUAUAUAUCUGACUAUAGCUAAUAAUUCGACACACACCAUUUUUAUAUUAUGAAUUAAAGUACUGUGGAUCUUUGUAUUAAAUAUUUGGAUAUAUUUUUAUUUAUCACACUUGGGGAAAAAAAGCCACACUUAAUCUUUCACUUCCACAGAAGCAUACCGUAUUUACCAUCAAUCGUGUAUCUAUCUGGUUUAUGAUUACUUAAGUAAGUGUGUGUGCAUUGAAUCACACUUGUAUUUAUGUUGGUAGUUAGAGUGAGGCGGAGUACAGUAGCGAUUUGUAUUGAGUUUGGAGUGAAAGGGCACAGUAACCAAGACUGGUAUCCAAGGGACUUUUUUUUUUUUAAGGGAACUAGGCAGAACACGGAGGAGGGACAUGGGCAUGCCACCCUCUUACUAAAACCUUCACCAAUACUGAGAAAUAAAAAAGGGAAUAGAAGUCAAAACUAAACUGUCUCCAACUCUGUGCUCUCUGGUAAAAAGGGAGGAAUGGGCGGGAAUGACUUUGACUUUGCUUGUUUGAGUCUGACAUUUUCACCACUUUGCUCUGUGUGUGUGUGUGUGUGUGUGUGUGUGUGUGUGUGUUUGCGUGGACAUAUGCUUUUUGCUACCACUUCUCACCCAUACACUCCCGCAAUUAGUCAUUGAUUUCUUUCUUUGCCUCUCUUGACAUUUCUAACCAACCUUAGGGUUUGUUUGUUAGCUUUCAUGACAUGGAUAAAGCCUCCAGAAGUCUAUUUUAAUUGAGCCCAAGUAGUAUAAUUCAAAAGAAUAUAUAAUAUAUAUGCCAUUUAGCAGACACUUUUAAACAAAGUGACUUACAGUCAUGCGUGCAUACAUUUUACAUAUAGGUGGUCCUGGGAAUCGAACACACAAUCCUGGCAUUACAAGCGCUAUGCCCUACCAACCAGGCCAUACAGGACCCAACUAAGCCAUACAGGAUAAUUAUGCUAUACAAUAUCUAAUACGAAUUGGGAGACAAAAGCCAACAACGAACAAACAAAUUAUUCAGUAAUUAACAUAAGCUUUAACAAGGAUGCAUGGAACAGAUAGAUUAAAUAUAUAUUGUUUGAACUGAACCAGUGUCUGGGCCUGUGUUUCUUUUGACAGAAAAAGUCCUUUUACCAGGCCUUCACUCUAGUAAGUACAAUUUGAAUUGUUGAGAAAAUAUUGUUUUUCUUCUUCUUUUUACUGCUUGGGGUGCAGAUAUACUAAAUAUUUGUGGGUGUGUUCGCACAUUCAAACUAUCAUCACAAGCAAAAGACAGUUGAUAAUUCACUCGUGAUUAAAUUGCACACUCACUUUCUUUCACUGCUAUGGUAAAUGAACUAUAGUAAAUUAGCUCCAUGUGUUAUUUCCACACUGGGGAUAACGAUAUUGGAAAAAGCCAAAGUGUUUUAAUUUGUUGAUCUGAGAUGUAUGUUAUUGUGUUUUUUUGCUUGUUUAUAUUUGCCUUUUUCAAUCAGUCAGUGUGUUAUUGUUUGUUUAUUUGUUAUUGUGCACAUUAACCAUAGCCAAUGUAUCAUUUUUAAACACGAUGAACAUAAUCUGUAUACAUUUGCACAAGGCACUCACUAUGUAUGUACAUAUGCAAUAUGUAUUUGAUGUCACAUUUAUGAUUUUGUUUCAACUUUUUGUACAUGUGCCUGAGCCAGAUUUGGACUUUUUGUGAAAAUCGAUGAACAGGAGAACACUUCAAUAUCAAACUGUUUUGUCGUCUGCCUGGCUGUCUGGGUGACUUUGUGACUGAUAUAUUACCUAUGAUCUUUCAAGGGGCUUGUCAAAAUAAGUAUUUUAGAUGCUGCAAGUGCGGCAAUAUUUCUACCAUAAUUAUGACAACCACCAAUCCCCUGCAACUAGCAUAAGUACAAUAGUAAUAUAUUUUGGUCCUUAAUUCAAGCGCCUGAUGUUAAUGUGGAGACCUAUUAGGCUUAUUAGACAGUCCAAAGUCCAUCACACUGCCAUUGAUUGGGGGGUUGGGGGGGUAGGAGGAGGAAAGCAGCAUUGUGUGCCAACAUACACAGGAGAGAUGAGGCCAGUGGGAAGGUAGGCCUGGCAGGUAAAUCAAGAAAGAUAAGUACAGAAAUUAAAGGAUCCAAACUUUUGUUUA